AUGAUGUUGAAUUUUUUUAAAAAAGAAAACUUCAGCCUUCAGCAGGAACUGCAGAAGAAACAAAAAGAAAUUGAGCGUUUGAAGCUUGUGAUAUGCAACCUCAAAGGUAUAGUAAUGUAUUGCUUUUUUUAAAUACACAUAAUUUUUAAAAUACACAUUAAAUUACUAUUAUUAGUAAUUACAAUAAAUUUAAAUUAAUUAUACGGCAGACAUUUUUUUCUCCAAAUCUUGCAUAAUAAAUAUUAAGUCUUCCAAGUUUUAUUUUCUUAACAAACAAGCUCUAAAUCUUUGAAAAUCAAAUGUAUACAGUAUUUGGUAACUUAUUUUAUGUGAUGUCAUUUACACUUGAUUCUAUAUUAUUGUGGCUUAACAACCAUUAUUCAAAAGGCUGCCUUUAACAUGCAUGCUUCACAGAUGCUGACAAAGGUCUGUGUCUUGUGGUAAAGCGAAAUAGUUUAAGGGGCAUAAAUGUAGUGUUGCCACAGAAUUUGCAAUUUUCUCAUUUUUGCAACCUUUUUAGUGAUGCCCUGUCUAACAGACAUUGUAGCAGAUUUACAAGAACAGGUACAUCUGUUAAAAAAUGGCAAGAUGUAUUCUGUAAGCAGUACAUUGACUCCCUCAAGGCCUUCAAGCAGCACAUUGACUCCCUCAAGGCCUUCAAGUGGAGCAUCAACUCCAAGAUCAUCAUCAGAUUAUGAUGUUGAAUCAGAAAUGGCAAGUAUCUCAUGA